UAUAAUUAUAUUAUAUAAAUAAACCAUAUACAUAUAUUUAUUUACAUUACAUUACAUAAAUAUCAAUACCCGCCAUAUUUACUCUCUGCGCUUGUUACUUCUUCUCUAACACUCUUUCUUCUUCUGCUAAAUACAAAUGCAAAUGUCAAUAAUGCAAAUCGAUGUUUGUUAACAAUGCGGGAUUUAGGGUUUCACGAACAACGACGCUCAUGGAGGCGUAACACCGCUCCAACAAGACGUAACGCCGCCGCUGCCGCUGCCUCCGCCGGCGAUACAAGUCCUGACUCUGUCAUCUUUACUCUCGAAUCUAACUUGAGUCUCUUCUCUUCUGCUUCCGCUAGCGUCGAUCGCUGUUCCUUCGCUUCCGAUGCUCAUGACCGCGACUCUUUAAACUCCGAAAUCUCACUGCAUUUGGCAGGUCACGGUGGUGAUUUUGCUCCGAGUGAAAGCUGGAGCGGUCCAGAUCCGGAUCCGGAUCCGAAUCAAAACAAACAGCAACAUGCAGAUUCAGUACAGAAAAAGAAGAUUCGCGAAACUAUUUUCUCUGGAAAAGGAGAAAAAACAAAAGUUCAAAAGGAAGACAGUGACGUUGACACUGAAGAAGACGGAAAUCAACUUGUGGAAUUUGAUUCUGCAAGAAACUCUUUCUCUCUAGCUCUUAAAGAAUGUCAAGAUCGGAGAUCGAGAUGUGAAGCUUUAUUCAAGAAGCAAGAUCGGAGAAGACCUGCUUCGUUAGAUCUGAACAAUGCUAAUGCAAUUGGAACUGUUUCUGUUUCGCCUCGUUUGGGAGUUGGAGCUAUGAAGAAGAGUACGGUUGCGUCUCGGAGAUCUGGCUCUGGUACUGGUACUGGUACUUUUCCGAGUCCUGGUACUCCGAAUUAUCGUCAUUGUCAGGGUGGUGUUGCAAUGCAAAAGGGUUGGAGUUCUGAGAGAGUUCCUUCGCAUACGAGUGGGGCUCGCAAGCAAGUUGGUAAUGGUACAGGUGCAUUGUGUUUAACCAAUGGGAGAACGUUGCCGUCUAAGUGGGAAGAUGCUGAGAGAUGGAUUUUGAGUCCUGUUUCGGGUGAUGGAGCUGGGAGGGCCUCAGUUCCACAGCCAUUGAGAAGGCCUAAGUCGAAGAGUGGUCCACUCGGUCCGCCUGGUGUUGCAUAUUAUUCGCUGUAUUCGCCUGCAGGUCACUUUUUUGAUGGAGGGAAUUUUAUGACAGCUUCACCUUUUUCUGCUGCUGUUAAUGCUUCAGCUGAUGGGUUUGCAAAUAGUUCUGGUGGUAAUGGUGGUGGAGCACUUCCCACACGAACGGAUCCUUGCAUGGCUCGCUCAGUUAGUGUACAUGGCUGUUCUCAGACGCAGGGUCAAUCGUCAAUUCCCACCCGAGAGGAGAAGUUUGAUGCUUUUAAGGAUGCGGGCACCAAUGUAUCUCCUGCUGUUUCAAGAAGAGAUAUGGCAACCCAGAUGAGCCCAGAGGGCAGCUCAUGCUCCUCUCCCAAUAUGAGAACUUCUUUCUCUGCUUCCACUCCACCUGCCCUGCCUAUCACAGAGCUGCAGAGUGCCUCUUUCUCUAAAAUGGAUAUCAGGGAUGUGCAGGUAGAUGAACGUGUAACCAUGACAAGGUGGUCAAAGAAACACAGAGCCCUAUUCACUGGUAGAGGUUCAGAAAAUGUUGACAGCUGGAAAAAGAAAGAAACAAGCACUGAAUCUUCAUCUUGGGAAAUUUCUGAAAGCUCAAAGACUGUUUCAAAGGCUAAAAGGGAGGAAGCCAAAAUCACUGCAUGGGAGAACUUGCAAAAGGCAAAAGCUGAGGCUGCAAUACGGAAACUAGAGAUGAAGUUGGAAAAGAAGCGAGCAUCUUCCAUGGACAAGAUUAUGAACAAACUGAGAUUUGCUCAGAAAAAGGCUCAAGAUAUGAGAAGUUCAGUUUCAGCCAACCAGGCUCAUCAAAUUGCCCAAACUUCUCACAAGGUUAUGUCAUUUCGGAGAGCCAGCCAGAUGGGUACUUUGAGUGGCUGUUUCACCUGUCAUACCUUUUAAGCUUCGCCAGCAUUCUUUUCUGUUCAAGUGAAGCUGGGUUUCAGAAAUCAGAAGGAUUUAAAUCUGCCACGGGCUAAUGAUUGCAAGAUGGAGAAAGAGACGGAGCAGCUUACUAUGUUGACACUAAGUUGGUGUCAUUGCGGUUUUACAAUGCAUGAAGUACAAACACUUUAGCCAGUAGAAUCUAAGUGCCUUGUAGCCUCGCCCUUUGGAGUUCGGAUUCAGAGAUAAAUAAUAUAUAUGUACGUACGUAGGCCAAACUUUAGAAAGAAGCCUCUUUUUUUUUUUUUUUUUUUUUAAUUUCAAGUCUGGUUACUUGACAGUUUGAUGUUCAAAUGUAAUCUAUUAAUAGUAUCUAUAGUAGAAUGAUAUAUUAAUCUCACUCUGGAAUUUACCCUUUUCUUCUCAAAAUCACGCAUGCUUCAAUUUGUUCUUA